AUGUCUAAUUUGCACUACGGCCCCAAGCUGCGACAGCUGCUGCUGAAGCUGGAGUCCGACCGCGACCGCGUACCGCCCGCUGGCAGCGAACGGCUAUCGAAGCUCGCUUUUCUCGGGCUUCUGGUGGCCAAAAACGCCAAACUACGACGCAGGAGCUCUACAAGCUCGCUUUCCAGCAGCCCCACGCUCUAUUCGCCCAAUCAGCGCAGCCGAUCAAACAGCGGCGCUGUGCCAGGGCCGCUUUUCGCUCUUCAAUGUCGCUCAGAACGCUCGUGGCAGGAAAAGUACAACAGUUUCGAAACAGGGUUGCUGGCCAACCUUGAGUCGCUGGUUUCGCUUUUCGACAACUUUACAAUGUUCCAGAAUGUUUUGAGCAAAUCGCGGUUUGCGUCCAAGUUCCGCGGAGUGGAGGCGCUCCUCAAAAACCUGUCCAAGGUGUACUUUAUUAUCAUUUUGAUAAACCUCAAAAACCUCAUAGUCAAGCUGAUCAAGCUCAACAAACUGAUCCGAAUAGUGGAGCUGGAGGCGGAGAUGCUUUCGCGCAACGACAAGAACGUGCUGCUGCCCGAGGCCGCGUCGCAGGAACGCGAAAAGCUCGUUUUUCUGUACACAGAGAAGUUCCGGACGUAUGUGGAGCUGGUUGGCUACGCAAACGAGCUGGUUCUGGACCUGACGCUUGUGUAUUCGAGAAUACGGCUGCCGAAGCUGGUGGGGCGGCUCGUGAGCCUGGUCAGCUGGAUCAUCGGCGUUUACCGGCUAAGCAAGGACGAGGCCGAGGAGGCCAGAACAGAGGAACAGAUCGCGGCGAUGCAGAAACAGUACUUAUAA